GGAACACUUCGCGAGGAGUUACAAACUAAAUAAGAAUUUCACCCACCUCGCCUCAGUCACGUAUAAGAAGGGUUAGUCGUUGAACAAAUUCUUCACUAUGUGGCGAAAAGUGUCUUGAGAAGUAGAAGGGACAAGUGACAAGUCUUGUUUAGCAUUGUUCACAUCUUCCCUCCUAAAAGGCCCAUUCUGCACCAACCUGACCACUCACCUGGAUGACUUCUUUUAGAAGAAUGGGAUGAGGAACCAAAAAUAAUCUUGGAACAUCAUAGAAAUAUGGGAGUAAAAAGGGAAAAUCAAGGAGAAUGGUUUCCCCAAUGGACCAAAGAAUGGCCCGGUCAGAAUUCUCGUCAGGGCAUCGAAAAAAUGACCUCAUUUACCCACCUAAUUGGAGAAAUAUUGGAUUAUGCUAGUUAAAAAGGACUAUUCACAUCCCCAACUUGGCCCAACAAGGUGUUAGAGGUGGAAGUACAGGUAAAUGGUGUGAAUAUCAUCAAAAGAAUGAUCAUAAUAGUAAUGACUGCUAUACUUUGAGCAAUGAAUUGGAAAAGUUGAUCUAGAGGGGACAUCUUUGAUGUUUUGCGAGAACUAAAGAGGAGAACGACAACUCCUGAAGGAACAAGGUUUGGAAACAAAAAAGAAUACUAGGUGGCCUGUGAUGAUUCUAGGACACUUGUGGGUAAAAGGCAUCUCGCCUUGGAUGAUGAGAAAGAACCGACCAAGGGAAAAGCUAAGGGACACCAUGGCUGGAUUUACAUCAUUGGAGGCAAUGCCUACGGAGAUACUGCUAUCUCCCGAAAAAAGUGGGCCCGCAAUUUUUUGGUCUCCAAGGUCCAGGUCCGGUAGCAAAAGAGAUGAAGGCUAAAUCAAAGCCCUUGUACUUUACUAAUGCCGAUCUGCCCGAGUUUUGUAGAUUGCAUAUCGAUACAUUGUUCAUAAAUGUGGACAUUUAGGACCUAGUAAUCCAUAAAAUGUUGGUGGAUACCGAGAGCUUGGUCAACAUCAUGUACAUAGAUACAUUAAGAUGCUUGGAAGACCUGUCAAAAAAUGACCCGAUCUGUUUUUUACCCGAAACCCGACCUGAAAACACUGGGUUCUGAAUAAAGAUUUUGAUUACCGAACCCGAAGUAGACCGAACUUGAAAUGACCCGCUAAAAAUGGGUCAAACCCAACCGAACUCAAACUCGACCUGACCGAUCUGCUAAAGUAAGAAUUUUUCGAAAUCAUACACUUUACUACUCGUUUUUAAUAGGCUAAAGGGGUAAAAAUUUUCCGGUUGAGAUUGGGGACACCAGGCGAUCUAGAAGAUUGAUAUGGAAUUCGUCAUGGUGAAGAUUGCUUGUGGUACUAACAUAAUCUUGGUUCAGCCCGCACUCAAUGAUCUAAAGUGUGUCAUCUUGGUUAAACACCUUUGUAUGAAAUUCUUAGACCCAAAAGGGGUUGGCAUUGCCCGAGGGUGUCAGAAAUAUUCUCGGACUUGGUAUGUUUCUACUACCAAAGAAAUCAUGAAGUAUCAC